AUCGAUCUAUAUAUCCGUCAAUGGCUCGUGUUUUCAGCUCGUUCGUGCUUCUAGCUUUCGUUUUCUCCGUGGCAUUUGCGUCCGACAAUAGCCCUCUUCAAGAUUUUUGUGUCGCGGAUUUGAAUGGUCAAGUUUUGAUGAAUGGAUUCGCUUGCAAAAAACCGAGCUGCGUUGAAGCCAAUGACUUUUAUUUUAGUGGGCUACACAUGAUGGGAAACACCUCAAAUGCACAAGGGUUCAAAGUGACCCCGGUUUUCGUGACCCAGUUACCAGGGCUAAACACUCUAGGGAUCUCAUUGGCCCGGGUGGAUUAUGCACCAUUUGGGAUCAACCCGCCUCACACCCAUCCACGUGCCUCCGAAAUUAUGACUGUCUUGGAAGGCAGUCUUGAGGUUGGAUUUGUCACAUCCAACCCAGAAAAUCGUCAUAUUUCCAAAGUUUUAUGCAAAGGUGACGUUUUUGUUUUUCCCGCGAACCUCGUACAUUACCAAAGAAACACGGGGAACACGAAUGCAAUCGCGAUUGCGGCUUUGAAUAGUCAGAACCCAGGAGUGAUGCCGAUUGCAAGUGCGGUUUUUGGUGCCAAACCGGAUAUACCUUCCGAUAUUCUUGCCAAGUCCUUCCAAGUUAGUGAUGACACUAUUAGUAACAUUCAAAACAAGUUUUAGGUCUGGUUAAUGGGAUCAAAAGGAUUAGAGAUAUCAUAUGU